AUGAACACAGACCAUGAACACGGACCAUCAACACGGACCAUGAACACAGACCAUGGACACGGACCAUGGACACGGACCAUGAACACAGACCAUGGACACGGACCAUGGACACGGACCAUGAACACGGACCAUGAACACGGACCAUCAACACGGACCAUCAACACGGAUUCAGCAGUAUCCCUGGUCCAGGUGAACUGGAGCUCCAGUGCAGACCGCCGGCUUUAUCCCCUGAAACACAAGGAGGAGGAGUCAGAGAGGAGGUGUCAGAGAGGAGGGGUCAGAGCGGAGGAGUCAGAGAGGAGGGGUCAGAGAGGAGGAGUCAGAGAGGAGGAGUCAGAGAGGAGGUGUCAGAGAGGAGGGGUCAGAGAGGAGGAGUCAGAGAGGAGGAGUCAGAGAGGAGGAGUCAGAGAGGAGGAGUCAGAGAGGAGGAGUCAGAGAGGAGGAGUCAGAGAGGAGGAGUCAGAGCAGAGGAGUCAGACUGGAGGAGUCAGAGAGGAGGUGUCAGAGCAGAGAGGAGGAGUCAGAGAGGAGGAGUCAGAGCGGAGGAGUCAGAGAGGAGGAGUCAGAGAGGAGGAGUCAGAGCAGAGGAGUCAGACUGGAGGAGUCAGAGAGGAGGUGUCAGAGCAGAGGAGUCAGAGAGGAGGAGUCAGAGAGGAGGAGCCAGAGCGGAGGAGUCAGAGAGGAGGAGUCAGAGAGGAGGAGUCAGAGCGGAGGAGUCAGAGAGGAGGAGUCAGAGAGGAGGUGUCAGAGCAGAGGAGUCAGGGAGGAGGAGUCAGAGAGGAGGAGACAGAGAGGAGGAGUCAGAGAGGAGGAGUCAGAGCGGAGGAGUCAGAGAGGAGGAGUCAGACUGGAGGAGUCAGAGAGGAGGUGUCAGAGCAGAGGAGUCAGAGAGGAGGAGUCAGACUGGAGGAGUCAGAGAGGAGGUGUCAGAGCAGAGGAGUCAGAGCGGAGGAGUCAGAGAGGAGGGGUCAGAGAGGAGGAGUCAGAGAGGAGGAGUCAGAGCGGAGGAGUCAGAGAGGAGGGGUCAGAGAGGAGGAGUCAGAGAGGAGGAGUCAGAGAGGAGGUGUCAGAGAGGAGGGGUCAGAGAGGAGGAGUCAGAGAGGAGGAGUCAGAGAGGAGGAGUCAGAGAGGAGGAGUCAGAGCAGAGGAGUCAGACUGGAGGAGUCAGAGAGGAGGUGUCAGAGCAGAGAGGAGGAGUCAGAGAGGAGGAGUCAGAGCGGAGGAGUCAGAGAGGAGGAGUCAGAGAGGAGGAGUCAGAGAGGAGGAGUCAGAGCAGAGGAGUCAGACUGGAGGAGUCAGAGAGGAGGUGUCAGAGCAGAGGAGUCAGAGAGGAGGAGUCAGAGAGGAGGAGACAGAGCGGAGGAGUCAGAGAGGAGGAGUCAGAGAGGAGGAGUCAGAGAGGAGGAGUCAGAGCGGAGGUGUCAGAGCAGAGGAGUCAGGGAGGAGGAGUCAGAGAGGAGGAGACAGAGAGGAGGAGUCAGAGAGGAGGAGUCAGAGCGGAGGAGUCAGAGAGGAGGAGUCAGACUGGAGGAGUCAGAGAGGAGGUGUCAGAGCAGAGGAGUCAGAGAGGAGGAGUCAGACUGGAGGAGUCAGAGAGGAGGUGUCAGAGCAGAGGAGUCAGAGCGGAGGAGUCAGACUGGAGGAGUCAGAGAGGAGGUGUCAGAGAGGAGGAGUCAGAGAGGAGGAGUCAGACUGGAGGAGUCAGAGAGGAGGUGUCAGAGCAGAGGAGUCAGAGAGGAGGAGUCAGAGCGGAGGAGUCAGAGAGGAGGAGUCAGAGAGGAGGAGUCAGAGCGGAGGAGUCAGAGAGGAGGAGUCAGAGAGGAGGAGUCAGAGCAGAGGAGUCAGACUGGAGGAGUCAGAGAGGAGGUGUCAGAGCAGAGGAGUCAGAGAGGAGGAGUCAGAGAGGAGGAGUCAGAGCGGAGGAGUCAGAGAGGAGGAGUCAGAGCGGAGGAGUCAGAGUGGAGGAGUCAGAGAGGAGGUGUCAGAGCAGAGGAGUCAGGGAGGAGGAGUCAGAGAGGAGGUGUCAGGGAGGAGGAGUCAGGGAGGAGGAGUCAGAGAGGAGGAGUCAGAGAGGAGGUGUCAGAGCAGAGGAGUCAGGGAGGAGGAGUCAGAGAGGAGGAGACAGAGAGGAGGAGUCAGAGAGGAGGAGUCAGAGCGGAGGAGUCAGAGAGGAGGAGUCAGACUGGAGGAGUCAGAGAGGAGGUGUCAGAGCAGAGGAGUCAGGGAGGAGGUAUCAGGGAGGAGGAGUCAGGGAGGAGGAGUCAGGGAGGAGGUCUUAGGGAGGAGGAGUUAGAGCAGAGGAGUCAGGGAGGAGGAGUCAGGGAGGAGGUGUCAGGGAGGAGGAGUCAGGGAGGAGGAGUCAGGGAGGAGGUGUUAGGGAGGAGGUGUUAG